AUGAUUGUGCCUAUCUGUUACCAUAUCGAACUGUUCGGUUUUAAACUUGAGAUAAGAAUUAUCAAGACACUGCCUGGACAAAACAUCAUCACAUCAUUGACUGCGGACUGUCCUGAUGGUUUCGUCGCCCAUGAUACAUCCUGCUACCUUUUCUCCAUCCUGCGGGUUUCCUGGAUUCAAGCAAUGAAAAUAUGUGCCGUACAUGGGGGUGAGCUAGCAACGGUAGAGAGUGCAGAAGAAGAACUGUUUCUAGAGUCUUACCUAAAAACCACCUGGGUCAGUUACAAUCAUACAGAUGGAAUUUGGCUUGGGGGAACAGAUCUGUUAGUUGAAAACGAGUGGAUGUGGGCAGUGUCCAAGGAACCGAUUACUGAUUACGUCCGUUGGGCUCCAGGAGAGCCAAACUCUAUAAAUCGACACGGGGAGGACUGCUUGGAUUUUCUGCCACACAAAAGCUUCCUGUGGAAUGAUGAAAACUGUGCGUCACAACUCAACUUCGUUUGCGAACGCAGGUAA